GACAGAACUUCGAAAGUGACAUGAGUUCUAAAACAAAUAUCAAAUAUUGAACCAUAUCAUAUCCCUAAAGGAAACCCUAGCUUCAAAAAUUAUAGCAAUAGGAGAGUCACAAUAGAAUUUCUAGAAGUGCUAACUUCAACGCAUGAACAACGUUAAGAAGUCGCUAGCUUGCCUGUGCAACCACUUGAAUUUGCUCUUCGAUUUGGAUUUUUGUACGGAGGAUUUUCGUUUGGCUAAAUUGAACAAAUCCGAGGGAAAUAUUGCCUUCAAAUUCUGGAAGCUCCUGAGUGUGCUGACGUUGAAGGACGAAACUGUCGAUUCGGAUAGAGUCAAAGAUUUCCUGAAAUCGAUCGAUUACAGAAAUCCCGGCAUAUAUUUCUUGUCGGAUUCGUCGAAUGAAGGAAGCAGGGAAAUCCUGAUUGCCGUCUCAUUCGUUCUUUCGAAAGGUCUCGAGAAGGCAAUCGAUGAUGAAAUAAAAAAAAGUCCGUUCGAUCCGAGAUUCGACAUGUUUUUAGAAUUGGACCUUGAGGCAUCGUCACCUGACGUUUCUACCUUCACUUGCGAAAGGGAUUUCCAAAGAUAUACGGAUUGGUUGAAAACUAGAGUACUUUUAAACUCGAGGGAAAUUAGUGAACUUCAAAAUCGAAAUGAUCAAUUAGUCCAUAAGAUUAGAAAUUUUCCGUCAUACAACGAAGGAUGCAGUGUGAACGAAAUCUUAGCCUUGAACUCAGAGAAAUAUGCAGGAAUUUUCAUGGAUCAAACAGACAGAAUAUCAAAAAUUCUAAUGAAUCAUCAGGAAUGGUCUAAGAAUGAAUGCGUUUAUUGGCAAUGGAUGAUUUCUGUUCUGGAUUUAUUGCCUGAUGGUGAAAAAAGGAUCAAGACUAGAAAGAUAAGCUUCACAAAAAAGGCGAAAAAACAAGUGGGAUGGUCAGGUAAUUGAAGGAAACUUGGUGAAAGGCUUCUAUAGUAUCUAUGACGUCAUGGGUAAAAGUAUAAGGUUUCAAAUUUGUCGAGAAUUUGCUUUUUGCCUCCGCAAUGAUAUGUGUAUAUUCGUACAUUUCCUGACAACCAGGAAGAAGGUUUUCUUUUUUGGAAUAUCUGUAAAUGACAAUGUAAUACAAGCACUAAUAAAUAAACAAGAAUCGAGAUCA